GUACUGUAUUAUAUAUUGUCACAGUUUAAUUUGGAUCUCAAUUUGAAACAUGAAACUCUUCGUCAUCCUUUCCGCCCUUGUGGUGAUGACCAUAGCAGAGGAUAUCGUAUACUUCACCUCGGACGAUGAUUAUUUGGAUAUCGACUCAUUGAUGAACCAACCACUUAUAGCCAAAGAAAUUAUUGAUUGCUUAGUUGAUCGUGCUCCGUGCUACUAUCGGAUUCAAUCAUACAAAAAUAAGUUGGCUGAAGUAAUCUUCACAGCCUGCCACAGAUGCAAUGACCCUCAGAAGAAAUUGGCGAACCGUUUCCUGAUGGCUCUGAAGGUGAAGUAUCCUGAGUACUACCGGGACUUCGACAAGAAAUACGAUCCUGACAACAUUUACCUGCCAAUUUUGGAAAAUGCUGUGUCUGGAUACGUUAAAGGAUUCAAGAUGAAAAUCAUAUUGCUAUUAGCGAUUGUGGGCGCUGCAUUAGCGGGAAAGAUUGAUUUCUUUUCGACUGCUGAUGAUUAUCUGGAUAUGGAGGCGGUGGUGAACGAUCCAGCGAAGCUCAAAGCCAUGACUGACUGCUUCUUGGAUAGAGGCCCAUGUGAUCCUGUAGCUCAGAGUUACAAAAUUAUCAUUCCUGAAUCCAUGGCUCACGCUUGCGGCCGUUGUAAUGACGCCCAGAAGCAUUUGGCAAACACCUACCUCCGCGGACUCUUCUGGAAAAUACCAGAGGACUACGAUAACUUCUUGAAGAAAUUCGACCCUCAAGGAAUCUUCUUAGACAAGUUCAUGGAGGCUGUUAAGGAUUAUUAAUAAAUGACAAUAAAUUAUUUUUCCCACUUCAA